AAACCCUAUUAAUAGAAGUGACGCAGCAAAAAAAUAAAUAAAUAAAUAAAAACAAACAAAAAAAAAAAAUCCCUUCCGGUUUCUUCUUCUUCCGGCACGAACGGGGAAGGUUUUUGACGAAAGCAAAGCGACGGCAACAGCACCAGUCAUCGCUUCGCCGGCUGAAUCUCAUAGCCAAUUUAGGGGAAAAAACAGUACAUCCUUAGACUUUUUUUAUACGAUAUAGAAUUGUAGAAAUGGGAGAAGAGGAGAGGAAGAAGAGGGUAGUGGUGGAAUCGCUGGGAUGGCUGACGGAGUCAUCCAUCAUGCCCAAGAAGCACCGGGCUAUUGAUGGGGUGGGUGCCUCCUCCAUCCUAGAACUCAAAGCACAGCUCUACAAAUCACAGGAAGAAUCUAAGAAAACAAAAGAAUUGAGCGGCCCUGACGUCGAAUACCACCGCGCCAAGAAGAUCACUCCUCGCGAUACCUUCUCCAUCAAGAAUUCCGGCGUCGAAGCCCGUGCCCUCAAGGACAAGCUUGAGCUGAAGGCAGUUAAUGAUGGUUCAGCCAGUUAUGCAGCAUUGGAGAAGAAGGCUGAGUUGUAUGAAAAGCUUGUGAGAGGAGAGCUAUCUGAUGAGGAAGAUAAAGAGAAGUAUUGUGUUGACUUUUUCCAAAAGGGUAUUGAGGAGGAUGAGUCGCAGCAGUCACAAGCUCAUCAUGCUUCUCAUACAGAACCAGUAGAUGAAGAUGGUGACAAUGAUGCUUCAUUUCUGUUUAAUACAAAAUCCUCAGGGCCAGGGCGAACAGAUGGAGUAUUAGACAGAGAUGAACACAGGCGUUUUGUAAGGGAAGUUCAUGAAGAAGCAAAUCAAGCCAGGGAAAAAGUGUCUGAGCUAAAAUUACGAAGGCAGGAACAAGCAGCAGCUCGUCGUGAGAAACUGAGGCAGGCCUAUCUUCGUAAACAACUAGAGAAACUGAAAGCAGCAUCUGGUACACAACAAACGUAAUCAGGGGGAGGAGAUUACUGGAUUCCCAAGCUAUUGAGGGAUUGCUGUUUAACCAUGAGACCAAGCAUAUAGCCAUUGCGUCGCUAACCUAAUAAGCGUUAUCUUCUUUUUUUUUAAUCGCUAUGUGCAUCUCUCAUUGUCUUUUGCAUGUAUGUCAUUGUUUCUUCUCAUACAAGGCACGUGUUUCUCCUUUUCAAAUGAGAUAUGAAAUCUUGAGGUUUUGCAUC